AUGUCUGUCUCCAACCACGGUACCGACCACACAGGACUCGAGGAACCAAUGGACACGAGUUACGACUCUCUUUUUGGAGGGCCAGAGUCUUCAGCCCCUUCUUCAGAACAACAGGAACGCCUUCUUCGGAUCCUCAACGACCCAUCCUCCAACAGCCAAGCCCGCCUCACCUUCAAUGUCGCCCACGAAAUGAACUCGAGGAAACUCUGGCGCUUUUAUCUGUCUGAGGACGAGCACGCGAUCUUUGAGGCCGCCCUGACAAGCAUUGACACCUGGAGGAGCUUUAUCUCUCUUGACGAAGGAUUCAGCGACCAGUACGAUGGCAUCAGGAGACAGCAGCAAUUGCAGGAAGGACAGGACCCAUUACCAGAGAUUGUUGAAUCCGUACCAAUACCAAACAUCCUCACCGACGACCUGAACAACAACACUCCUUCAGAGCUCCCGGUUCGAUCGCCCGAUCAUAUCAAGCAGGAAGUUCUGGAUCCGGAUCAAGGCUACUUUGGAUUAGGAGCAACAACCAUCAAGAAGGAAGGCUCCUUGUCAGUACGCAACUCGCCAUCCAUAUCGACACCUCCAAUCACUACCCCCAACGGCCACCUGCGGACACAUCAUACACCCCGCAUUGAAGGCUCACCCUCUGUCAACACACCCCGAGGUUCACCGGCACCGAAUGGAUCCACUAAACCCGAAGCGACUACCAACCCAGCACACUCACCUUCUUCGACUGAGGUCAUGCCUCCACCUUCCAUCCCUACGACUGCCUUCCGGUCACGCGUCAUGGUCUUUGAGCAAUUGCUCCCAGCUUUGUAUCCAAACCACGGAGGAUGCUGUCACCCAACUGUCGAUAUUUCGGAGCUCAGGGACAAGGAUAUUACACAAUAUGAUAAACCCUCACAGGCUUCUGCCAUGGCAACAGAUGAUGGUCCUCUGGCACGGAAACGGAUACUGGAUGAGGAUGAAGACUAUGAUGCAGAUAUGGAAGCUGCUCCCAAGCAGAUCAAGGACGACCCUGCACCUCCCAACAAGACUGCAGCUGGAUCGUCCAAGGAUGACGAAUCAAAGCCCGCACCCUCACCCGAGAACGCGCCACUCCGACUCCCCAUUCACCACAUCUACUACACACUGGAGUACGACAUGGAUGCCAUGAUGGAGCAGCAACAGUUGGAAGAAGCGGACAAAAAUAUCCAGGAGGAACAGGAAAACCAGCCCGGAAGCAGUUUGGUGACGGACAACAUGCUGACUCAGCUCGGAGCAGGAAGCGUGAGCAUGAAAUACCUUUUGGGCGCAAUCGAGUCCAACCGUGCAGCAACAGGCCUUACCGAUCGUGAGCUGCGGACUCUACUUUCCGACGUCCGACCCAACCGAUCCAAGUGGGCCAACGAGGACAGAGUCGGUCAGGAGGAGCUAUAUGAGGGCUGCGAGCGAAUUUUGACAGAGUUGCGCAACUACACGGAGCACUCGCUACCGUUCCUCAACAAGGUCAACAAACGCGAGGCGCCCGACUAUUUCCAGGUCAUCAAGACACCCAUGGAUCUGGGAACCGUCCUCAAGAAACUCAAGUCAUUUGCUUACCAGAGCAAACAGCAGUUCGCGGAAGACCUCUACCUCAUCUACCAAAACUGCAUGACGUACAACUCUGACCCCGCCAGCGUCUACCGGAAACACGCUAUCGCCAUGAAAAAGAAAACUCAACAGUUGCUGGAGACCGUUCAGGAUGUCACUAUUCGCGACAGAGCCGAAGUUGAGGCAGAGGCGGAGGAGAGUGAUGAGGAGACAGAAAGUCAGACAGGUCGGCCAAACGAGGCUGCCAAGGGCUUGGGCCGGAAAGAGCAAAAGUCGUCCAAGACUGUUCACGGUGUCAACGGAGAGCCUAAUACGUCCAAGAACCAUUCCGCCAAGCGUGGUACAACAGUCGGUCAACACGGUUCCGAGACGCCCAAGAUUACUAUGGAUAUCGACUCAGCGGCCAACGCAACACCAACUCGCGAGACGAGUCGCGAGCCCUCCACCAUGGAUUCUAUCGAGACGCCAAUACUGCAAGGAGGUCUCUUUGGUCACGGCCGCGCCGGAACACCCAACGGACUUUCUCUGCACUCUCCGGCUCGUCAUCGGAUGAUGAGGUCAUCGGUCCCAGUCGAGAUUGAUCUAGAGCAGGAAGAGAAGGAUAUUGCUGCAGAACUGAGGGCAAGCAGGGGUGACAUUCUGUUUCAGGAGUGGAAGGAAAAAACCAAGAAGGUGCGCGCCAAGAUCUGUUCUACACGGGAAAGCCAACAAUCUCUGCCUUUUGAGGACCGUUUCGCCCUGGAGAGAACGCCCUGGGAGAUGAAAAAAUCGAACGACAUUGAUCAGGCACACGACAACGUCUUUGAUUCUCUCGCACUCAAGAGGCGGAAGAAGAAAAAGAAGAAGACUGGCUUUCGAGGUCGAACAGCUCCUGCUGCAGGAGCAGAAGGAGAGUCGUCGGAUUCCUACGAGGACGUCUAUGGCGAGAGCGAAAGCGACGAAGAGGAAGAAGACGAGGAAGACUUUGCACGUGACUUGUUUGCUCCACCCAGGAUCAAGGAGGAGGAUCUGGACAAGAAGAGGACAAAGAAGGUCAACGAGGUCUUCCUGCCCGAGUACGCGGUUCGGUCUGGUCUGCCCGAGGUGCCAGGACGAGGACUCGAGCGGUUGGAUGAUCCCGAGUUGGCACGCAAGUUGUUUGAUGAAUCUGAGAUAUCUGCUCUCGAGGAGAAGCAGCCUUCAUUAUCCUUAUACCCAUCCGCAGUUGCGGCACCAGGACACUUGGCGGCUGGUAUCGAUCGCAAUGUCGAGGAGUUGCGAAAGAUCCGACACGUCUACUCGAAAAUCUUUGCAGCCAAAUCCUUGCACCCCGACCUUGCUGCCCUGGAAGAGCCACCAGAGCCAGCGCCAAUUCCUCCUCAUGAGGGACCUCUGCCACCAUUGGUCAUGAACGACGCCACAGGACGUGCCAUGGUCUCACAGGUUGCCUCGAAGCUACUGGCACAUGCAGGAUUCCAAGGUGCUCAGGCAUCAGCGCUGGCCGUGAUGACUGAUAUCACCGUCGAGUUCUUCCUCAACUUGGGCAAGACGCUGAGGGGUUAUACUGACCUCUACAACAAGGGCAUGACUGCAGAGGAAAUCUUGCUGCACACGCUGCAUGAGAACGGAGUGAGCGGGGUCGGCGACCUGGAGGGUUAUAUCCGUGAGGAUGUAGAGCGUUACGGGAACAAAUUGCAGGAUAUUCACCGCAAGCUCGAGACUAGCUACACCGACGUAGUCAACACGACGUUGAACGAAGGUCAUAAUGUGGACGCGGACUUUGAGUUCCAAGAGGACGACGAUGCCUUUACGAGCGGAAACUUUAUUGGAGGCGGCACGGACGACCUUGGCGAGGACUUUUUUGGAUUCCGGGAACUCGGCAUUGAUCGCGAGUUUGGAGUCGGCAAAUUAACGAUCCCCUCCCGCGUCUGGUUUGGAGGUCAUAAGGAGGGCGACCCUGGUAGUAGCUAUGGAAUGGGAGGAUUCCGAGGCAGUGUCGGAAUCGUCCCCGGCAAGGACAUUAAGGCUGAGGUGCCUUUCCCUCCUCCACCUCCCUUUGUUCAGAUGACGGACCCAACCGCCACGGUUGGGUUGCUUCACAGCUUUUUCAAGAGGCGCAUGGAAGAUCUUGGGGCAUUGAAGGAGGACGAGUUCAUGCCAGUGUCGCGGAGAGUGGCGAUGCGACCCAAGAUCCCACCGACAGGCAAGAUUGUGAGCUCAUUAAAGAAGCGAGCAAACAAGCCCGGCGAGUUGAGCGCACUGGCCGAGGCCAAGAAGCGGAAACGGAAAAAGGAGAAGGAUGCGCAGGAAGCAGAGCGGGCGGAGCGUAAGCGUCAGAAGCAGGAUGCCAAGGACAAGAAACUGAUGGAGAAACUGGAGAAGAAGAAGAUCAAGGAGGAGACCAAGAUCAAGGAGAAGAUGUCUAAACCCACCAAGAAGGGCAAGAAAGGGACUUCGGAAGGACCACAGGAUGGCGAAGACGACGACAGCGAUGUCGAUAUCAAGUCGGACGGACGGCCGAGCCAAACGCCAGAUCCUAUGCCUCCACCAGCAACGAUACCAGUCCCCAAGAUCACCAUCCCCGCACCGGCCCCACCAGCAGCAGCCACACCUACGCCCAAGAAGCCAAAGAAGUCCAAGGCCGCUGCGGCCAAGGCAGCAGCAACUCCCGCGACAACAGCAGCUCAUCUCUUUGUCGCUCCUCCGACAUCGAUCCUCAGCUCUAUGGACAACGAUGCCGACGACAUGGAGGAAGAGGUCAUGGAGAGUGGCGGUGGAGGAAAUGCCGGCAGGAUGUUGCCACCCAAGAGUGGCUCUUCUUCCCACAUCAAGGCCGAGGAUCACUCCAAGUCCAACAUCAACGCACCAGGCAAGACUGUUCCUGGAGGUUACUCAUCCUCAAGUACCACGUCCCCUUUGGUCCCUCCAUCCUCCUUCAAGGCUGGUAUCGCCGGAAAGUCCUUGCCUCCUGUCCCCACAAAGUCCAAGUCCAAGUCCAAUAAGGAUAAGGAGGGUAAGGAUGGCAAGGAGAAGGAUAAGGACAAGGACAAGGAGGAGCGUAAGGAGCGUAUCAAGGACAAGGACCGCGACCACAAGGAGAAGGACCGUAAGGAACGUGACCGUGAACGGGACCGCGACAAGGAGAGCAGUUCUGAGCGCGACAAGGACAAGGACAAGGAACGGGAGCAUAGCGUCAAGAGUAGCAGCAGUCAUAAGGAGUCCAAAAGCAAGAGCAGUAAGGACAAGAGUGGCAGCAGUAAGGAUCGAGACACUAGCGACAAGGAGAAGGAGCAUCGAGGUGAUCGGAGCGAACGUGAGCGAGAUCGUGACAGGGACAGGGACAGAGACAGGGAUAGGGAUAGGGAUCGUGAGAGAGAACGUGAUCGGGAAAAGGGUGGACGGGAACGCGAUCGUGAUAGAGAGCGUGAGCGUGAUCGGGAUAGAGGCGAUCGAAGUGAACGUGAUCGUGAUAGAGGAGACCGAAGUGACCGGGGAGACCGGGCCGACCGAGAACGCGAUAGAGGUGACCGUGAGAGAGACAGGGACUACCGUGAUCGCGAUCGAGACCAUAGGGACCGAGACCGUGGAGACCGUUCUGAACGCGACAGGGAACGGGGCGACCGCGACAGAGGUGAUCGUGAACGCGAUAGAAGCGAUCGAGGUGACCGUGAGAGAGAUAGGGGUGAUCGUGAUAGAGAACGCGAACGCGACCGCGAUCGCGAUAGAGGAGACCGUAGCGAGAGGGACCGUGAGAGAGGAGACCGAGGAGAUCGAAGUGAGCGAGGCGACAGGGAGCGGGACAGGGGUGACCGUGAUGGAACUGGCCUUCCGGGUUCCUUGUCCAACAACAGCAGCAAUGGCAGUCUUGUAGGCGGCAGCAGUGGACACCACAAGAACGGAAGUUCUGGUAGCAACAAGGACCGCGACAAGUUUAUGUCCUCUUCGAGUUCAAGCAAGGACAAGGACAAGGAUGGGUCCAAGAUGUUACUGGAUUCGUCAUUGACGGCGCAGAUCCCUACGACACCCAAGAAGAAGAAGCGUACCGCCGGACCUGUUGAUGGAUCGCCAAGUCAUUCUCCCAAGAAGAAGAAGCCCGUCGCCCCUCCUUCUUUUACCGACCUCUGA